CAGAUUCUGACUUUUCUCUUCAACGAAGUCAGAGUGUUAAAAUGUGGAUUAAAACCUUCUUGGGACAGCAAGAAAGACUUCGACCAUUUCAAACGGCUACAUCAAAAGUGACGAUUAUUUGUUUAGAUGAUUGGACUCUGACUGGAAAUCUGUCGCUGUGGUUUAUGAAACCGAACCUUCACUGAAUAGAGAACUUCCCAUCGGUACUCUAAGAACCAUGGCCGUAUUCCUGAAGUCUGUCUGUGUUGCAUCCACUCUUAUUUCUUUGGCCGUCUCCCUCCAUAUUCCGGCGGACAUUUCCAGGAAUGCUCAAGGCGUCCUGACCGAUGAUGACGACGUCUUCUUCCAGGAUGGAGACAUUAUCUUGGGCGGGGUCUUCCCCUUGCACAACUUCCAUCCGGUGGCGCGGCAGUGCACCACCGUCCGCGAGGUGCGGGCCCUGAAGCUGGUGGAGGCUAUGGUGUACGCCGUGGGCCGGAUCAACAACAGCACUGGCCUGCUGCCGGGCCUGCAGCUGGGCUUCGAGAUCUAUGACUCGUGCUACAGUGACAUCUGGACCCUGAAGAAGGCGCUGAACUUCCUCCCGCCCGACCAGAAGCCAGCGUGCAAGGGGGUGUGGGAAGGAUCGGAGCAGUCCGGCAACUCAGAUCUGACUUGCCUGCACCAGAAAAGAGUAGCCGGGGUCGUAGGGUCACAGAAAAGUGCCAGUAGCAUCGAGCUUGCAUUACUGCUGGGAUUGUAUCAAAUACCCCAGGUGAGCUACCUCUCAACCUUGGACAGCCUCAGUGAGGUGAACUAUCCUUACUUCCUUCGCGUGGUCCCCUCAGAUAAACACCAGGUAAACGCCAUCAUGGAUUUGGUCAAGUACUACGGAUGGACCUACGUAUCGCUUCUGUUUUCCGACGACGAGUACGGUGAGAAUGGUUUCUACGAGUUUUCGCGCCAGGCCCCUAGUCACGACGUCUGCCUGGCCUAUACUAAGGAGAUAUCUACCAGUUUUUCGAACGAGUAUUAUGAUGACCUUGUUGCGGAACUGCGGCGCGAGCCGUUCAAUCGAGCUGUGGCAGUGGUCCUGUUUGCCCAUCUUAUUGAGGCCAGGAUGCUGCUGGAGGCGGUGGAGAGGAACGGGGCAGUGGGAGAGUUCACCUUCAUCGCCAGCGACGGCAUCGGGAACUCUGGCCUGCAGGGGCUGGACGGAGUGGAAAACCCAGCUCUAGGGAUGAUCACCAUGGUCCCUUUUUCGCAGACCCUAUCCGAGUUCUUCGGUUUUUUCAUUGGAAGUUUGCCGUCAAAUAGCAGCAAUCCCUGGACCCAAGAGUACGUGGAGAAAUACAAGCUGUGUGAUUUUUUGGCUGGCACCGUGUGCACAGCCAACGAAACCGACUCGAUAUCACCCCACGAAACCCUGGUCAUCGACAGUGUCUACGCGUUUGCCUAUGCCUUGGACAGCAUGCUAACAGCAGAAUGCGGUGACACGGAUUGGGGCGGCUGUGCAGCAGUGGAGGCUAUCGACGGGGAAGUGCUCCUGUCAUACUUGAAGAAGACCGACUUUGAGAGUUUGUCGAACGGCCGAGUGACGUUCGACGACAAUGGUGACGGCAACCCCAGGUAUAAGAUACGGAACCUUAAACACGACUUGUUUGAAUCGCUGAAGUUUUUGGAUGUGGGAUCUUGGCGAGAGGAAAACAACGCAAUAGACAUUGUGGGAGAAGUUAAGUUUUACACCAAGAGCACUGAUGGGUUGGCUGGCCAGGUGCCGACCUCGGUAUGUAGUGCCCCCUGCCCGCUUGGCUCCAGGAAAACUUUCUUUGAGAAUUACGGGAAGUGUUGCUGGCUCUGCCAGAAGUGCAACGUCAAUGCCACCGUCAUCAACGACGACACCGAGUGUCGCGAGUGCAUCCCUCCGAAGUGGCCCGACGUAAACCGUACUGAAUGCGUCGAGGUCGCCGAGUCCUACAUGUCCUGGGGCACGGUCGAAGGAACGGUCAUCGGCAUCGUGGCGUUCGUGGCGCUCCUAGAAGCCCUGUUGAUAAUCGUUCUGUACUUCCCCCAGUUCAGGCGACGUAUCAUCCGAAGGUCUGACCCCAUGCUCAGCUUGUUUAUCCACGGCGGGGUGUGUCUCCUGCUCGUGGCUGCUCUCUCGACCACGUUUAAGCCUUCCUCCGCUAUGUGCGUGCUGACCCGCAUCGGUCCCUCCGUCGCCUACGCUUUCAUCUUCGUCCCGUUUGCACUGAAGAGUGUUCGGCUGUACCGAGUGUUCAUCAAAGCGAGGGAUACGGACUCGGAGGAAGAAGCAGAUCUUUGGGGCGUCAAGAGACAGCUGACAAUCUUGAUCCUUAUCUGGAUCGUGGAGAUUGGUGUUAGUCUAUCUUGGAUCUUCGUGUACCCACCGAUGGAAACAUAUAUAUUUGUGCCGUUAGAUCAGCCGCAAGAGGGCGCUCUUGCCGUCAGCCUCUUUGUCGCCUGCAACUUCCAGCUUCCCGAGACCAUCACGGAGUUGUGCUUCAGCUUCGUUUUCCUGCUGUUGGCUGCCACACUGAGCCUACUGGCCCGUGCCCUGCCGGACAACUACCACGAGGCCCGUUUCUGCGUGUUCACCUCGGCCGGCUCGCUGCUCGUGUUCACCGGGGCGUACGCGGCCGGGUUUGGUACCACCCAGUCAGGGCUCUCCUUCGUCCCCAUUAUGUACCGGGCCCUGGGCAUGAUCGUGACGUCUAUCCUCAUCAUGACCUGUCUUUUUGCUCCCAAAAUGUACGUCGUAUACUUCGUCCGUGGCAACAUCGACGAGGUCAUGCUGAAGAAGCGCCAGAGCGUGGCCAACAUGGCGGUGUACCGCGCCCGAGCGUCGACAGUGGGCAGUGUACCAACCAUGAAUGGGGGACCAGCGGGAAGGCGUCGGAGUCGAGCCAAGAGUGUCAGAAGUAGCAGUGAAGUGCCAUCUUCGUCUGGGGACCAUGGGAUUGAACUGAAGGCUAUUUCCACGUCUGUCAUUUGAUGGAGAAUCUGAAGAUUUGAAGAUUCACAUGUUAACUCUGUCGGUUGUUUUAGUAUACGAUCUAGAAAUUUCAUGUGCAAUUUAAUAAAAAUGUGAUUCAUGCAACUGCUAGAGAAAAUCAGCUGCCAAAAAGUCAGGACUAAAACCUUAAUGUACCAGUAGUAAAUCAGUUUGAUCGUGUAAUCAUUUAUAGCUUAUAACAUUGACUGUCAUAGUUUUCAAGCAAACUUUACACAGCCUCUGAUAUUAAGUUUGGGGAAUCUCUAGAUGUUUGGAAGUUUGAUCUUUUACGUGUACAACAAAUUUGCUAGUGUAUUGCUCCAAUACUCCCGUUGGUAAGCUUUAUGUGUAUUUUGUCAGUAUUAUCGACGUUACCAGACUAAUAAACAAUAAAAAAAACUGUGAAAGGAUUUUUCACACACUCUACCACAACGAUAAUUAUAGACUAAUCUGAGAAAACCCGAGAGGGCUAUGGUGAAUUUCGCCACCCUUACGUCACAAACGCAGCUUUGGCACAGUAUUGGCAAAACUGUAGCUGGCCGCAAGUACAAGGCCAAAAGAUUAAGUCACAAAAUGUUGUUUCAAAAUCUCAUUUUCGAACAAUGUGUGGCUGCCCCAGGCACACAUUUGCCUUGAGGAGUUUCGAACUCUCAUUACUCUAGAAUAUGUCUCAAACUUAUGAGGCCCAAAUGAUUCCUCGUUUAUAACCUAGUGGACUAUCCUACACAAAGUCUUGGUCUCGUGAAACUGCUUUGGUGAUGUGUGCUUGCUCGCUGUGAUUGAGAUAACAAUCUGCAAUUUAAUGAAGCACAAAAACACUAAUAAGAAAACUGCAAUACAUAGCAAACUGUAACAGUUAACUUGGCAAGCUGAGUCAUAAAACUAAUAUUUAAACUCUAAUGACUAAUUUAUAAACUGUCAUGACUGUUAUAGUUUCACGGCUUGAGGUGCCAACAAUCAAGAAAAAACCAAAGGUAUCUGAAUAAUUCGAAACUUGAGUAGCCGGAACUGUCCUUAAUCCUCUGAAUCUCUGGCAUUCAGUUUAAACUACUUCUGCAUAAACACUAUGGCAUAACAUGAACAGCACAUUGUGGGUCAUUAUGUACAAGUAUAGUCAGGGAUCUCUGAAUGAUUAUCCUCUCGAAGAUACAAAGAAAUCUCGGGAAAUAUGAACAGAUAACAUAAGCUGUCUUAUCCAAAGUGCUCAAAAAAUAUAAAAGAAAAUACUGCCUACCAAAAUGGGGGUUUCUUGGGUUCUACAAGAAGGAACAAACGGAAAAUUACUUGGAUUGACUUGGUGAGUUACAAAUGUGGAAAAUUUCUUGAUGACAGUAUGGCAUAAAUGAUGGCUGCCUAUGCAACUUCAAACUCACAGUGCAUGCACCAGCGCAUCCACUCACACAUAGUGACUCUAGGAAGGAGGUUGACAGGCUCUUUCACUUAGUAAAAACGAAAGGUUUGCAAUAUCCUCUUUCAAGAAAUAAUUUAAGUCUUAAUCAGGAUUCUGUAGAAUACCUAUCUAAACGUUUUUGAUGAUAAACAUGAGCAUAUUAAAACAAAGCAAAUUAUUCACUGCACAGGCGGCUACAGUGACACAAUGAUUAAUACUUCUACUAAUUAACUAAAUGGAAAUGCAUAUAGAAAACAUGGCGAUGAAUGUUAGCAAUCAAAAGAAAGAUCCAUUGGUCAAGGGGAAGUACGACUUCCGGGAAAGCGUGGCAUCAUCGUAGCUUCUCAUUUUGGCCACCGGAUUAGUCUCAUGCUAAUUCACCCAGGCCCUACUGAGUUGGAUAAUCGCAACAACAUCUUAAGCCAGAUUACUUCAGGCUACCAGAAUGUCUUAUUAACUUGUAGUAAUAAUCACAGCAUAUUGGGUUUUACAUCUGAACUGUCAACUUUAAUUUUUAACAUUACAUUAUGAAUACAAAAUAAUAGAACGUCUUUAACUUUUUCCCCCGUUUUACCGAGUUUUGUCCUUCAGUGAUAUAAUAUAUACCCACGAAAUCUUUCGACCCUUUCCAAACGUGCGCUGGGUCGACAGGUUUUGUGCAUCGUGAUUCGCCAACGCCUUGAAAACUCUUGGAGGCACACUGUUGUGAACUGCCCGUAUUGAUAUUGUAUUGUAUUGUUUCCAAUAUAAUGUGCUGAAUUAAUUAGCUCUGAAAGUAUACGUUGCUGCGAAGGGAAAUGUGUAAGAUUAACAACCCUGGCACAAGGAGAUUUUUUUUUUCAUCCCGGUUUGUCUGUUGGUCAGGCUGAUUGUCUGGGCACAGGAUAUUUAUUUCAAAAAGUUGAUGGUGAAUAAAUGUUGUGGAAUGGUGGCUCAUAAUCCCAGGAUCGACUGAUUUAUUUUGCAACUGACGUCAUGAAGAUGUGUAGAUGCAACGACAAUUUUUUCCGGCUCAUACAUGUAUUAGCAUACAAUAGGCACACACGAGCUCUGCAAGUGAAGGAUUCGUUGAACUGUAGAACGGGAAGACACGCAUCCAUUGCACAGUCUUACAGGAAGGACUGAUGCACAAAACUAAGAGACAGGAUGUUAUCUCGCGUCAGAAUACUGAGCAGAUCAAGGAAUUUUUGCAACUUUCGUGUUUGUGUUGGGCUGAUGACGUAAUGGGGAUAAAGGCACAACAAACAUGCAUAAAACAUGCGUGAAGAUACAUGUAAACUGGCAUCAUUGCGACCCAAAUGCAUUAAAACGAGGAGUUUUGAUGACGUCUGGAAAAUCACAAUAUUAUACAUUAAUUUCUUAGAUGAAAAAACCUAAAAUCGUACUCUAUGGCCAAAAAAGUCUCCGGGUUCUGGUCAGGUGCUGGCUCCAAAUGUGGUGGGGCGACGCGGUAUUUUUUCAACCCUCACUUUGUUUCUGGAAAUGAUGUACGUAUAACGUUACGACUGCAUGCCUGCGUAACGUCGGCUGACACCAACAUUAAAAUAAACUGGCCCCUGCACUUUUACCGUUUAAAAGCAUUGUACGUGUACAAAAGACAUAAGACCACCUCGUAUACCCAGCAAGAAAUGAAACCGAGGGGUACCCCCCCAACAUGUCCAAUCCCUAUACACAUUCCAGUUUUGAUACAAUGCCAAUUUGUACAAAGUUGCAAAGAAGUAGCAAAUCACUGAAAUAUAUAUCCAACAAAUAUAACAAAGAUAAGAAACAGUGUACUUUAGUAAUUACAGCCAUUGUUUUGCAGUAAAAGAUGAAAAUCAAGGUGAUCUUGUUGAUGACCUACCAUUGUCUUUAAUUUGAAGUUUAUCAACAUGUGAUUCUACACAAGAUUUAUCCCACAGACAUGUUCUUUUGCAGUGAGCUACAAUACACAUUGUUAACUGCUAUAUUUGUAUCACUCUGUUGGAGUACAUGUAAAAUAUUAAGGUGCUGGUUAAGUGGUGUUAGUACAGUAUGGACAUGAUCGAUUUCCUACUACUGCGUUCUAUUUUCCAGUUUUUUUUAAAGUUAUGUGUUCCUUAGAGAGUUUCACUGCAUUCUCUGCAGCAUUGACUCAUAGAAUUAUAGUGAUAUAUUCUGAAUUAUGAUUUUGUACUAAAAGUUGUUCAGAUUUCAAAUUAUACGGUACUUAAUAAAAACCAUGAUCAAGUUAAAUGUCCUGCUGUCUAUAGUUUUAUUUGAAAUUCAAACUCUUUGUAUAUCUUCAAUUUCCAGGUACUGUGUAACACUAAAGCAAAACAAUUCCCCAAGAACCAGUAUAGAUGAGAUGACACCAGUGUUAUCUAACACCAUAUUUCUUGCCCAAAAUAAACACCAUUUGGGAAUUACUUCACUCUCGUAUUUGUUAUUGAGGUCAAACACAAAAAAAUUGGUGUUAUUAAGCACCAAAAGCCUUGCCCAAAAUAAAUACCGUUUAAUUAUAAAAUUCCACAUCAUCGGUGUUAUUGUUAACACUGGAGUUUUGCAGUGUAAGGAAAUUUCUUUCUUGAUGUGUUUACUCAAACUUAUGCAAUUGAAAGCUUGUCUAUGACUGGCAGAGAUUUCAAUACUUGGUCUUCUUUGAGUAGCAAUGGUCUAUGCAACUACAUUGCAAGACUAGGUGCACAGAGAUAUUGAAUUCUUUAUUUGAUGAAUAUAAAUAGGGAACAUUCUGGGGUCAUUUUGGUCACUACGUGAGAUAUAUUUUUCAAGGAAGAAAUGUGAAAGGACUCUGAGAGAUGAUUAUGCUUAUUAUGAUUACGCGAAAACGAUCUUAAUUCUAAGCUUAGUGCCAACAAAACAAAAGAUACGCCGCUUUGGGGCAAGUUUCAGGAUUUUAAUGUAACUUUACAUAAAAUUCUUGAUUUCAAAACCAAUGGAUAAAGCUCAAGAAUAAAAGAGGCAGGGCAAGGUGAAAAAGUACAACAAAUCUUUUUUAAUUUUGAAAAGCGUUCUUGUGAAUUAAAUUGACUGUCUGAUAUUCCAAAUAAUUUCCAAUGAUAAUGCUGAAAUUCUAUCAGCAAUCCAUACUUUUUGUUAGUAUUUUGUAUUCUAAUCAUUUGUGCAAUUGACUUUGAAAGGUUUCUCAACGAUUUUGAUGUCCGCACAAGGUUUCUGUUCUCGAGUUUUCCGUGAGGAGCCUAACUAAACGUGAACUACAUCCACCUCUGGUUUCAAUGAAACACAGGAUAAUCUUCCGGUUUGAUGGCCUUCAAGUCACGUUCUUUUUGGCUUUUUGCGAGAACUUAGUAAUUUACUAUUUAAUUCAUUAAAUUAUUUUCUAAUAACUUGACACAAUCUCAAAGAUCAGCCGCGCGUCAUUUUAUUGCUUCACAAGAAAGACAGAUGAUUUACUUAAUGAUUAAUGAUUUUGGACCUAUUUCUUUCUCUGAGGUUGAUUAUAAAUGUAAUGCAAAACUUAAGCUAACCUAUUAAAUUUUGGUCUCAUUGAUGUUAUUCACCCAGAUCGAUCAGCAUUACUCAAAGGGAAGACACACUGAUGAUAACAUUAGACUUAUUUUCUUUUCCCUGGCGUUGUACUUUUAUUGAGAGGCUUUUCACCCUAAAAAAGUAGACGGCGCAAACCGCCUCGCCACUCAAUAUUUUCCCUAGUAUCGCUGCAGUGUAUUAUUUACAAGCCAAUUAAGUGCCCUGUGUGUGUGUGUUUUUUUUUUGGGGGGGGGGGUUAUUAACACCUUAAGGUCCUUUUGACACCCAAUUUUGUGAAAAUCGCUUGAUCCGUUGGCAUGCAACACGCCCGUACUUGCCGUCAGCCAUAAAUGUGUGUACUUUCCACGAACUGCUCAGUGCACACAAGCCGACAUGCUCGAGUCUGUAAACUUCAAGUGCCGUUUCAAAACUCAAUGAAAGUUCAAAGAUCGGGCAUAUGACUCACAAAUUGCUAUGGGGUAGGGGGAAUCUCCACCCCC